AUGGUCAUGCUAUUUGCCUGGAGUCUAGCCAUUACCGCCUCCUCCCUGUUUACGGUUGCUGUGCAUUAUGGUUACGGGCAAGAUAUGCAGGUACUUCUCUCGGAAAAUUCCGUCCUUGCAGUCAAAUACUAUAUUAUCACUCAGGCGUGUGUCAUUGGCAGCACUGCUGCAGCCCGCGUGGCCUUUAUCAUCUACCUGCUGGCCAUACUAGGGGGCGAGAAGAAACAUUGCAUUAUCUUGUCGACCCUUGCAACUCUGGAGGUGGUCAUUAACGCUGUUUCUAUCAUCCUGAUAUUUACCAGCUGUAAGAAUGUGCGGACGAUCUGGAACAAAGCCAUCAACAGUGAAUGUGGGCCUCCUGACCGUCAGAUACGGUAUGGCUAUUUCCAGAGCGCCUUCAACACUGCCGUCGAUCUUUACCUUGUCGCAAUCCCGACAUUUAUCUUCUGGAGGCUUAAUCUUCGACUCAAGGUAAAGAUUAGCCUUGUUGUGUUGAUAGGUCUUGGGCUACUGUGA